AUGCUGACUAAAUUUGAGACCAAGAGCAACAGGGUGAAGGGCCUGUCCUUCCACCCCAAGCGGCCAUGGAUCCUGGCGUCGCUGCACAGCGGCGUCAUCCAGUGGCAGCAACAGCGGCAGAAGCAGCAGCAUCACGGGCUACUGCGGCAGCAGCGGGUGCAGCAGCACCAGCAGCACCAGCAGCACCAGCAGCACCAGCAGCGGCACAAGCAUCCGCAACAGUAG